AUGGUGGAAGCGGCGGGGCCUCCCCGGAAAAGGGGCGGCACCAUGGAGGAGGUGCAGAUGGAGGAGGCAUUCAUCUUCUCUGAAACCAUCAAGGUCGGUUUACCCUUCAAAUUAUGCCCGUGCUUAUCGAUCUUCCCCUACAAUCUCAAGACUCUGCUUGGGCAUUUUCACAUCAGCAACAACCUCACUCUCUCUAUGCAGGAUCUCAAGGCUCUGCGGCCACAGCUGUAUUCCGCAGCAGAGUAUUUCGAGCUGGCCUACACACAGGAAGGCCGAAAGCAGGCGGUGAUGAGCAACCUCAAGGAGUACGCUGUGAAGGCCCUGGUCAACACUGUAGAUCACCUAGGGUCCGUAUCCUUCAAAGUCUCCAGCCUUGCCGAUCAAAGGUUCGACGAGGUGGCCGAAGCCAACCUGCGGGUCUCCUGCAUCCAGCAGAGAGCUCAGGCGAUCCACGCAUGCGUGAACAGAGAAGGCCUGACGCAGCAAUCCUUGUCGAUCGCCGCUCCAAAGUAUCACAAGAGGUACAUCUUACCAGGAGAUGGUUCAGUUCCCAACGCCGUGCCGAACUUCAGCGAGAUGAAUAAGGUCAAGAGCAGGACUGCGCAGAUGCAUCAGGCCUUCCGUGGUAAGGAUCUGCAAUCCAUGAAAAAUGGCGGACGUGUGUUGGAUAUCUUGAACUUGAUUUUGACCUGGAAUGCCUACGUGUUGGCAGCAGCAGCAGCAUCUGCAGCUCAAACAAAAAACAAAGACAAGCAAGCUUCAUUCCGCAAGCUCCGGUCGGUUGCCCGUGCACCUUCUCAGAGCGCACGUUCAUCCUCUCCAGCACAGCAUCCGCGCUUCGUGCCGCCUUCUGAUACUGCAAUACCCACCAAAAGAGAUAAAAGAUCGGAUUCACCAAUUUAUUUGACAACUCCACUCACAAGGUCUGGUUCACUCUCAAAGAAGUCAUCCUUGCUCAAGACAUCAAGUGUCAGGGUCCAGACAACUUCAGAUCCCAAGAGGGCACCGCUGCGGUCAUACGCUGACAGGUACAAUGAUGAUUCCAUGGAAAGCGAGCAGACUCUGAAGAAGGGCAAGAAGUUCCUCAAGUCUCUGCUCAGUAGGCGCAAGUCUGGAAAAGAAGAACCACUGCAGGAUAGUGUUCCUUAG